CGGAGGGGACGCAUGCUCAGAGUGGUGCUGGAGGCUCUCCUGCUCGCUUCAGCUGCUCCAAGGGUCUGGCACACAGGUGAAGAGAAGGAUCAGGCAGGGAAGAUAGCUUGAAUUACUGCUGGGAGUCAUGGCGUUGCCGUCUGCCUGGAGCGUGAUGCAUGUGGCCAUCCCAGUCAUCUCGGUGGUUACCCUUUUAAGCAUGAGCCUUGUGGGGGCCAGCCAGGAUUCCGGGAGUGCCAUUCCUGCAGAAAGUCGUCCCUGUGUUGACUGCCAUGCAUUUGAGUUCAUGCAGAGGGCGUUGCAGGAUUUAAAGAAGACGGCGUAUAACCUAGACACACGGACAGAAACCCUCCUCCUGAGAGUGGAAAAGAGAGGCCUGUGCGAUUGCUUUCGUGCAAUACACUGAAAUGACCACAGGGAUUUGGCCAAUGAACAUUUUUAAAAUGCUGUUCAAUAAAUUACAGGAAGAUACAGAGUGCAAGUUGUGCCACACCGCAAGGAAAAGGAUUUGUAUCCCAACAGGUACAGCUCAGUUAGAUCAUUUUUGCUUUGAUGUGUUUUAUCAUUACUGUAUGCGAUAUUGCAUCUGCUGAAACGACAACAGAAGAAAUAGUGCCAAAGUCUCACUGAUGGGUUUUAUGCAAGGAUAGCACCUCGCUUUUCUGGUAUUCCAAGCCAAAAAUUGUCCUUGGACUCUCAGGCCAACCCCUCAGCACAUGUGAAUUGCCAUAGAUCUGUGAAAGUCAGUGGAAUCAAAGUCUUGAAUGUAUCUAUGGCAGAAUGUAUCCCUAAUGUGGAAAGGAAGCUACUUUGCAGUGACGCAUAGCCAAACAUUUACAAACAAGCAGGCAUGGCUCUAUUUAGAAAUUAACAGUUGUCACUCAGUGCUUGGCAGUCCAAGGAAGGUAUUUGUUCCCAAUUGUGUCAAUAGUCCAGUGAACAGCAAACACAGUAAUCUGUAUCACAAUUUUAAUUUCUUCAGAGCCACACAGUAGCUGUGAUCUUUUUGGAGAGAUUUAUUAAGUCUCUAAUGUGAUCAGUAACAUUUGUAAUCACAUGAAUACUGCCUGGCAAUUGAACUGAUUGCGUCUGCCAAAAAUCUUCUGGAGAAGUGUCUUUCAUUAGGCAAAUCACACAUUGGAUUGAACCACUCAAACUGGCCCUUACAGAGAGCUUUGGCAGAGAGCCUAUGGAACGCCUGCAUGCCCAGGAGUCUCUUGCAAACCGUGUUUUGAGAAUACUUAAGUUCUGCCAAAACGGUCCAUAGAUCUUGCAUGGACUUUACACUCCGUAGUGGUGAGUUACAGUGCUGAUACUAUUAAUAUUCCUGCUGCAGUCAGGGUGAGACAAGAGGACAAAACAAUGUAGGCAGUGUAGUAGUUGUAGCAGUAGCAACAAGAUUGCACCUUGUUACUCCUUGAAAAAGAAUAACAAAUCCUUUCUUGUUGUUCUCCUUUUUUCUUUUUUGGGGUGGAGAAGAGCAGAAAAUGUCCCCAGUGGAAAGUCCUUGCAGAUACUAAUAAACUUUUCAUGGGGCUUAAAAUGUAAUCCCCAAAGUAUAAUUAACAGAGAUUUGUAUAUCAGCUAGAGCAUCUGUGUACAAGCUAGACACCUUUAUACAGAGUAUGGGAGCAGUAUCAACAACAUUGAUUUUCAAAGUAAUUUUACCAAUUCUUAUUGAUACAUGUGUCUUCCCAUAGGUGGCUGAUAUUUUGCUGUCAGGCUGCUCUGUAAGUUAUGAUGGUAGCUUUCUGUAUGUUUCCAAACCGCUUCUCUCCCAUUUUAUCUACCACAUUAGGCACAGGGAAACAAGGAAUUGUGACCCACUGCCAACUUCGUAUUUUGUGUGCAAUCAUACUCACUAACACAAGGGAGGUUAUUACCACAUAGUCUGCCAAAGUUGUUUGAAAGGCGUGUGGUUCUCAGCAAAGAAAAGCUUCCUUGCACCUGCCUUUCAAGUAGGGAAUUUGCUUUGUCCUUUGUGAUAUUCUAGAAAAACCCUUUAUAGGUCAUCAGGACCUAGUUUGUGUAAAAGAAAAGCAGCAUGACUUGCUGAAUAUGUGUUCAGCAAUGUGUGAACAGCAACACAUUGCUCCUAGUAGCAUUUCACUCCACUAUAGCACUGGUAACUGACUGAUGAGAAAUAAUAGAGGUUCUUAUAAUAGAUCAUAUUUUAUUUUACAAUAGGUUUAACACCACUCCUUUGCAAAAUACCAACCUUAGAUUACUUUACUCCCACUUAGAUUAGAACCAAAGUAACGCACAGAUUUUGAGAUGGCUUUUUGCAGGAGUUCCAGCACUGAACCCGUGAAUUUUCCAGCACAGCUCAACCUUUCCAGGGGCAGCAUGUCUAUAGUUUUGUACUGCUACUGUGCAUGCUUAUUCUGCUGGUACCUUAAAUAAUCUUGCAAAGUCCUGUUAGCAAGCACUGGAUCUUUGGCUGUGCUUUUGUUUAGAGAAAUGAUUGCUCACAGUUGAGUUUUGUUAUAUGCAGCUUGUUACAAUAAAAAGGUGGAAUGAAUGACAAGUGGAUGUUCUCUGACUCCUAAAGGGAUCAGAGUGACACUGCAACUUUACAGUCGUGAUGGCAGUGAUUAUUCUGUAUGCACUCAUCUUUGUCUAUAACACAAUACAAUAAAAGGGCAAGAUGCAUUAUAGUA